UUCCACCUUGCUUUCCUCUGUUCAACCUCGAUUACUAGUGACCUCCACACCACACCACAGCCAAGCAGCCUGCUCAACUUCGAUUUGCCAAAAUUCGAUUUGUUUUCCAGCAAUCAUGGCAGCCAGAGCCCUCUUCCUAGUCUGCAUUGCUCUCCUCCUCGCGACUUCCGCCUUGGCGGCGCAGCGAGGCCCGCCUGGCGGAGUCCGUCCCGGCGGACAGGGGCAAGGGGGGCAGCGCGGAGGGCCUGGCGGACCCGGCGGGCCUGGCGGGCCUCCUGGGCCGCGCGGCCCUCCGCUGAACCUGACGGCGGUCGGAAAUCUGACGGCCGACGUUGGCGCUCGAUUGGCCAAUUGCUCCGCGGACCAGACGGUCCUCGACGGCCGCUUCCACCUCGCCAUCUUCAAGAACGCCACCGGCAAUUACAACCUCCUCGUCGAGGCGCUCCUCGUAAACGCCACCGGCGGGCCGCCCGACUCGCUCGCGAUCGUGCAGGGCGCCGUGUGCGAUUCCUCCGCCUCCGCCGCCGCGCUGAUCGCGCUGCCGCUCUCCGCGUCCGACUGGCAGCAGCGCGCGGGCUGGUGGCUGCUGCACGCGGAGGCGCGCCUCGACGCGUUCCUCGAGAACGCGGACGCCGCCACCGUCGAUGCGCUCCUAUCGCUCCUCCCCAACGCCUCGCUCCCGGCGGCGCGCGUCAGCGGAGGAAGCGGCGCCAGCGGGGGUAACGCGGGGGGCGCGCGCAGCGGGCAGGGCAGCAGGCGCAUGGGGCUGGGGAUGGGGCGGGAGCUGCUGAUGCGCGCAGCGGGGCGCGUCACUGGCGGCAGGCAGGGGGGCCAGCAGCAGGGGCCGCCUACUGGGGGUGCGGGGGGGAUGAUGGCGGGCGGGGGGGCAGUGGCGGAGUGAACGCAACUGUGAGCGGGUAUGCCGUGCUCGCCACUGCCACGGCUGGCGUGGCGUGGGGCGGGCAGCUCAUGGGGGUCAAAAUUCCCGCCAUGGCUUGACCUGGUGAUGCUGCUGCUGAUGCUGGUAGCUAGCUUGCCAUGCCGCAGCUGGGUAUGGCGGUGCUGCUGCUGCCCUGCAUGGUUCUCAGACAGGGAAGGUGGCGUUUGCUUCUGUGUGUGCAGAGGAAAUUGGUAGGAUGUGGUUAGCAGGGGGGUUGGUUGGUUGGGAAUGGGAUGUGCUUGUUGAAGAAGGGAGCAUGAGGGGCAGGACUGCUGGCAAAUCACCAAGAGCUGCGAUCCUCCAGUUGUCGCCAGCUGAAUUGCCAGCCUUCCUGCCCUUGCCUUGCUAAGAUCCUCCGUUUGUUUUUUGAAGUGAAGUAAUGUCUUAAUUACCG